AUGGGACAAUCACAGAGCACAGAGAACUCGGAAAUAGCUCUCUCCCAGAUUCAGGCGAUGUACAAGAAGUUUGCGAGUGAGUGUCCAAGUGGAACCUUGCAUCUGCAUGAAUUUAAACGAAUCUUCGGGUUCACCUGUGACUCAUCCGUCGAAGAACUGGCCUACAUGGAAAAUUUGUUUCGAUCAUUCGAUACUAAUCAUGACAACAUCAUGGAUUUCAUGGAGUAUGUGGCUGCACUGCAUCUGGUCCUUCGAGGUAAGCUUGAGGAGAAACUGAAGUGGUCUUUCAAAGUUUACGACAAGGAUGGAAAUGGACGACUGGACAGACAGGAGGUGACACACUUAAUUAAGAUAAUCUACAAAUUGAGAAGGUAUGAGAACCUUUCAGACUCUGAAGAACUCAAUCCAGAUCAGAUAAGUGACAGGAUCUUUGAGCUUGUGGAUCUAAAUCAUGAUGAUCAGAUUUCAUUGGAGGAGUUUAUGGAGAGUGCUCAGAAAGACACAUGGGUGAUGGAGCAACUUCGGCUCGACCUACAGCCCGCUCGCUGGUUCAGCAAACACCAGAAUAAAAAUUCAUGA